AUGUCAACUUCAAUAGCUUCAUGUAGCACCGUAUUUUCCAUCUAGGUGAUUCUGACCCACGAUUUUGACAGCUCUAACCUUCUUCUCCGAAUCCAAAACCACUCAGGGAAGAUCAAUUGUGUCACGUGAAAUCACAAUAAUCGAAUUCUCGCAUCAUCUGGAGAUGAUUCAAGCAUUUUUCUAUCAUUAGCAGAGACUGGAGAGAGAGUUGGAGUUUUCGAAGUAAAAGAAGAGCAGCCUUCUCCUGUGAAUUCAAUUGCAUUCACGUCGAAAAGUGAUUUACUUGCAAGCGGCUAUGCCAAUGGCACUGUAAAAGUGUGGGAUCUACAUAAAAAAGAAGUCUCUAUGAAUGUUAGGCAGCACUCUGAUUCUGUAUCGUGUGUAUCGUGGAAUGCGACUGAUACACAGGUAGCAAGCGGAUCUUUAACUUGUAUUUUUUAUUAUUUUUUGGUGAAAAUUAUAUUGAAUAUUAUUAUUAGAAAAGUUUAUUAUGUUUUUUUAGGAGAGUAAGUGGAGAAAUUGCAUUGCAUUCUAUGCUUACACAAGUCUCUGUUGCUAAUUUGAAACAAAAAGGCUCAGGAGGAAUAAAGCUACUGCAGUUCUCACAGCUUAAAAAGCAACUCCUUGGUGCUGCAACUGAUAAUGGCUCUGUUUACAUUUGGGAUGCCAACAGUAGGACGGUCACAGCAAGUUUUCCAAAUUUCCACAACUCUCCAGUCACUGGUUUAGCCUUUUCAUCAGUCAAUCACAUGCUAAUGUGUACAGCAGGGCUUGAUCAUAAAGUGCACUUCUACGAUAUACAAGAGCGCAGAGUAGUAAAAACCAUGGAACUUGAAGCUCCCAUCACUUCUCUCGCUUUUAAUGGUGAAGGCCACACAAUAGCAAUUGGAACUUUGUAUGGUGGAGUCCAAAUUUAUGAUCUGAGGUCUACAAAUGCUGCAAAAUCCAAUCUAAGAGGACAUGAAGGAAGCAGUGUUAAUUGAAUUGAGUUUUCUAAGGUAAGAGGCAGAGAAAGACCAGCUCCAUCCAGGUCAGCAAGCUAUAAUACUCAGGCGAAAGAGCCAUCAUCAGCGACAUCGCUAAAGUCUGGGGAUGAAAGCCCAUAUCCUGGGGGAAGGUUUAGGACAAUAGAAGAAAUUAAGCAAGAAGCAAAGUUAAGAGUAGAAAUGAAGAGACGUGAACAAAGAGAAGGGACUAACCCUGAAAUAAAUAACCGUUCUGUGUCUCCCUUUCCAGGUGUGAAACCUCCAGUUGUGCCUCAACCUCAAGAAAAUCUUACAACUGUAUCUGAGCCUGCCUUGAAAAUUCCUGAGACUUUUAAGCCGACUGAAAAGCCUUUGACUCCUAAGCCUCCUCCUACUCCUGAAGUUCCAAAACCAGUUGUCGAAAUCCCGCCCAAAGUUCCUCAGCCUGACAAAAUCCCAGCCAAGCUCCAAGAAAUCCCACAAGAAGAAGCAAAGAAGCCUCCUGAGUCUGUCGUUUCUGAAGCCCGCAAAAAGGUCGAGAGCAUCCUAAACGACAAACCUCUCGACACAUCCCGCCUAGAAACUAUCGAGAACAAGCUUGAAAGCCAAGAAAAAGCCAUUACAGGCCUCCGAGACGACAUCCACAACCUGCACAUUGAGCUAAUCCGUCAGUUCAUGAUCCAACAAGUAACCUCCAUUUAGUAGAACGACAUGAGAUCCCUUCUGGAAGAAUACUCCUCCGCCAAUUCCAAACUGCUACAAGAACUCAGCGACCUCAAAGAAGAAAAUUUGCGUCUGAAACAUAACAGCUAUUAA